AUGUUACAAGUUGAUGACCCGUUGGCACGGUCUCAGUGGAAAUCCGGCCUGAUAAUUUGCGAGGAACGGGAACUGCUGGAGGACAUGAAUGGAAAACAGGGUGGAGAAGCUAUGAAGAGGAGGCUGAAACCGGACUUUAUAUUCAGAGCACCCAUCAAAUUAAGCAAACCAGGGGAACUGCGUGAGGAAUAUGAAAGCCAACUGAAGAAGUUGAGAGAAGAAAAAUUACAAGAGGAGAAAACUUCAGAGGAUCUGAUUCACAAGCUAAUUCUGGAAGACAUGGAAGUGGGAAAAAGAAAAAUGGAAGAGCAAAAAAAGGAGGAACCACUGAUGCUUAAAAUGAGUCAGGAAUGUUUUCCUGAACGACUCUCGGACUCGGAGAAUGAGGAACCUUUCCAGGGCAAACAAACACAUCGGUCAGCUUUUGUGUCCAAGGGCAGCGCUUAUUCCUUUCCUUUCUUUUCAGGGAGCCUCACCUCCAAGGUGGAGAGGAGUCAGAGCUGCAACGACACCCUCCAAGAUCGAUCAAAGAGCAGGCAGCGGGCAGCCCCAGCCAGCAAAACAAAGGUCAUGUCAGCAACCAGUGCAUCCACGCCCAUCGGAGUACUGUUAUCCACCCAAAACAAUCGCUGCCUCUCCGCUCCCGAUCUGACUGCAGAGAAACGCCUGGCUUUCAACUCUGCUUCCUCGCUGUCCACACUGCACAAACCAGAACGCUCCAUCAGCCCCGAGAGCAACGACAGCAUCUCAGAGGAGCUCAAUCAUUUCAAACCCAUCGUCUGCUCGCCGUGCACCCCUCCAAAGCGACUUCCUGAUGGCCGCGUCCUGAGUCCUUUGAUCAUUAAGUCAACUCCAAGGAACCUCAGCCGGAGCCUGCAGAAACCAACCACCUAUGAAGCAAGCCCCAGGAUCCUGAAAAAAUGGGAGCAGAUCUUUCAGGAGCGCCAGAUCAAAAAGACUCUCUCUAAAGCCACCCUGACAUCUUUGGCUUCAGAGACCGGGGAGGACUUCCUGGUCCCUGACAUUGCAAACUCCCUUCAUUCCAGCAAAGAGCAACCACGAAUGUUAAAUGAUCACGUCCCCCCUGACGCCGCCACAGACAUCAACAUGGAGAUAGAUUAUUCCCCCUCUAUCAGCAAAGGCAAGCCAGAAGGGGCUAGUGACAAGAAAAGAGGUUCACAGACCUUAACAGUAGACAACAGUUCCUCUGAACCUAACACAAGAACAAACAGAGCCUCUCUGAAUGCUCAAGACACGGUCGAUGUCAAAGCAAAUUCCUACAUGGACAAAUCUUGUCUUAGCAUUGGCGCAAAAAUAAUGACUAGAAGAAUCAUUGGAGCCAACCCAGCACUGCCAGACAGUAGCCCAGGGGGAGUUCUGGUCAAGACGGCAGGGAAAAAGCAGCUGAAAUACCUGAAUAAUAGUGAAUUAAUUAAUGUGCAGAACGGUACCUGCAACUCUGUUGAAAAUGUCAGCGGUGAACAGCCCCCUUCGCUGCGCCGGGGCCGGAAGAGAUGUUGUAAAACAAAGCACUUGGAACAGAAUGGGUCUGUUAAAAGACUGAGGCAGACAGCUGGCGAGAUGGGCUUGGCCGUCGACGAUCCCCUGGUGAGGGAGAUGGAGCAGAAACUGCAGCAGGAGGAGGAGGACCGGCGGCUGGCUUUGCAGCUGCAGCAAAUUUUUGACAGCGAGAACAGGACAGUGGAUAGGAGGAAAGGAAGAGUGGAUCAGUAUCUCUUGCGGUCAAAGAGCACUACGGGUGCGAAGUAGCACUUAGCGCGGAUGAUGUUGCCUUUUCUAGAGGACAUGAGGUUUUGAAAAAGCCUAUAGGAAAAAACUAUUUUCUUGUCAUACUUCCACCUGCAAAAUUUUCUCAUUUUUGAUGGUAAAACACUUGAGAUCCAGUUCAAGUAGAAGCUGGGGUCCUUGCAGGUUACACGCACACACUCGCACACACACUCAUCUGCCUUGUAUAGUCCCUCAGUCUAGAAGAGAAGUCUUGAUCUCGCCAUGCAUACACUGAAAUGCACUGAAAUGGGUCGAUGACAUUUCUAAAUUAAGACUAAAAGCGGGCUUUUUUUUACUAAGGCCAUGACACCAGCAGUUUCUGAGCCAGCACUAAGAACAUAGAAAAUAAGGUGAAAGAGACCUCAGGAGGUCACAUCUAGUCCAACCCCUGCUCAAAGCAGGACCAGCCCCAAC